CUUGCUAGACUUCGGAAGUUGAGAGAAUUCGAGCUUCUUUGAAAACUUCAGAUUUCCAGAAACCCUAGCAGAGAAUUUAGUAGAAUAGUUAAUUAGGGUUCUUUAGAUUUUAAAAGUGGAAUCGAUUCCGCUAUUUUGAUCAAAUCAACGGCAGUGAUCUUUGUUCAUCAUGGAUGAGAUUAGAUCUGCUAUGGAAGACCAUCUUGACCAAAUGGCAGAUCUGGUCCAGAAAUUAUCUGCCGAACUCCGUUCUGGAAUGCGACCAGCCUAUGAUCAUUUCAUUGGAUUCUUCCACGCCAUUGAUUGGAAGGAACCAUGGUUGAUAUGCUUGAUGGCGUUUCAUGUUUUGUUUCUGUUGGUUGCUAUAAUCUCAAGAAAGAACACCAAUUUCCAGAUGGGUUUGUUUCUGUUUGCACUGGCUGGUGUAUAUUUUGCUGAGAAUCUGAAUCAUGUUCUGAGAAAGAAUUGGCAAAGCUUUGCGGGCCAGAAUUACUUCGACCCGCAUGGAUUGUUUCUUUCUGUGCUCUGGUCUGGACCACUUAUUGUCAUUGCCAUAUUGAUAUUGGUGAACAAUCUUUUUAACUUGUGUUACACCAUGGUUAAAUGGAAAAGGGCUGAACUUCGACACCGUGCUAGACUUGCACGCGACAAGAAGGAAUAAUGACAGGCUACGGUUUCAUCGUGUAUUUAAGUUUCAAAUUGAGGUACUAAUUAUUAUUAUAUUAACCUCUUUUACGAAUUCAGAAGACAUUCAAAACCUUUGUUUAUGGUUUAGUUGUUGUUUCUUAAUAGUAUGACAAUUUUGAGAUUAA